AUGACAGAAACAGUAGGCAUAAUUCUAAUUUACCCUUGGUUGAUUCCAGCUUUGGUAGACCAUGUACAUCGAGUACUGGUAUCAGCCAAUCUCCUUGUAAUUCUAUUGGAAAAACCUUGCAAACCAGUGGUGGCCCCCAGCGAAAGUAGAGUCAGGAUGAAGGACAGCGAAUCUCCGGAUUCCAGAGGGAAGAAGCCUCGGAGAAGAUUGUUCAAUCUUGAACUUCCAGCCGAUGAAUACAUCAGUGAUGGAGAAGAACCAGAAGUAGAUUUCAUGGGGCCAGGUACAGAAAAUUAUCCUCCUACCAGAAAAAAUGAGGUUACUCAGGCAAGAGAUGAUAUUUUAUCUAAUCACAUCGGUGAAACAUCCAGCUAUAACAAUGUUUUGCAUCUAGAAAGAAGCAGUGGUUUGACUGAUCUGAAUGAACCUAUUCAGAUAGACAGAGUGUCCGCUUCAACUUCUGUCUUUAAGUUUGGCAAUGACUUCAGCUCCAAAGAGGAGAUAGAAAGGCAGGUUUUAUCUGCAAAUGCCUACAAAGGUGUCUGGCCUUUUGCAAAGGAAUUCCCAGAAAACCCACAAAUGGGGAAGGAUGGAAGAGAUGGCUCGUCGUUAAUGUGUGGCCAUGAUGCUGAGAAUUGGGGAGUUGAAAUAGGCGAUUGGAUAAAGACUAGGAAGACUUUUGCUCUUCCCAUGUUUGACAAGGUUUCUUUUCCUUAUCCCUGUUCAUCCUCAAAAUCUGGUUGUCUUGCUUCUUCAGUUGAUAAUGGCUACACCGUUAGAAUUGAAUUUGCUAAAAGUAAUGUGAUUCAGGAUCCUGUGUCACACAUGGGGACAGUGCAACUGAAAGCAGAUGGUCUGGUUCUAGAAAAGAGAUUGUUUAAUGCCAAUGCUGAUUCGAGACACCAAAUAGAUUUAAAUAGGUGUUUUACUGAAGAAGAAACUGAAAGGACUGCCGCCUCUCCAAUUAUGAGAACUGAAACUGUGAUUGAUUUGGAGGCACCAGUGAUAGUUGAAUCAGAUAUAGUUGGGGAAGAUUCUAUGCAAAGAAACUGUAAAGAACCUCUUGACUUACCUCAUGAGAUGAGGGCCUUACAAGAUUUGCCGCUGAGGCUCUAG